AUGCUCAUUUUGAAGGCGCAAGCUAGCCAGAACUAUAUCGAGCUCGAUACCUACGUACGAAUCGACGCACCCAAACUAGAGCAUCUCGCUAUCAACUGCGAUGUUGACAUCAUUCGCGCAAAUCUUCACUACGUUCGUUUGCUAUCCCGAUCUUCGGCUGGCUUGCGGCAUCUCGACUACGCUCUCUUUUUCAAACGGUGGCAACGAACGCUAUUGGAGCUUCAAAUCGAUGACGCGGGGAAUGACGGGCAUGCGUGUGUCCACGCUUUGCGAGAGCUGAACGGUGGACCUCUACGCGUAUUACGAUUGACUUGUCACAGUCCAGACGGCGGCAAGGUCGACUAUACACCGCAGCCGGCGCUCGAUCUACCCCUUCUUCAACGAUGUUCAACCACUACACAACUGCUCUUCCAGCCCCCACCACCUCUUGAGCAGAUGGACGUAGUUGUACGCAACAUGGAGAUACUAGGCGGAAUGUUGGAGGGCCUGGCAAAUACCAUCUCACUGCGCGUUACAUUUGAGAAGGCGCGCCCUGCACCCGUACUACCCAGGCAGUCCGCGGCCACACGGACUGUAUUCCCCAAGCUUCGCUUCCUUGACGUUGAAACAAGUCUCGACAUGAGCACGGUUCUCCUGCUUAAUGCCAUAGAUUUCCCGUCCUUGUUGAGUCUCAACAUUACACUCGAGAUCAAGACUCGCAAAACCUCUGGACCUUUGCAUUGGACGAUGUACGAAGCGGGCUCAGAGGCGGACAGCGACCAGUCUGCAGAACUCUCCGAGAGCGACUCGGCGGAGACGACAGUCAGCACGGCCAGUAUUGGGUGCUUACAUUCAGUGGUGAAUGAUGGAUAUGAUCUGAUGCAGCAAGGGGACGCCCUUCACGAUCUACGUCCCCACCUCGCCCGCCUUCUGAGUGGACCAGUGAAGCUGGAGGUCAGAACUCGCGCCCGUAUCGGCAACCGCGGUCAACACAUCAAGUUCACUCUCAUCGAUGAACCCAGGAGUCGCUCUGGGACGGAUCCUGAUGACAACCACCAACCUGGACUCCACAUCAAUGUGUACAUUGACUCUGGUUGGUGUAGGUGCACUCGGAACGAAGGCUACGCGGUGUCUGCCGUGCAUGCGCUACCUGCCGUUACUAUCGAAGCAAUAGCGGAGAUACGCGUUGCUGUCGACAUCGAAUGCGGCCCCAAGUCCGCUGGUGCCAAUACCGACAAGGUCGGUCGGUUGUUCGACACUCAGGCACCCGAUGGCGUCGAGACGGGAUACAGAUUUGGAUUCUGGACACCUUCGGACGCGUGUGGGGACGCACACAGCCCAAGAGAGUCCAUGAUACUGCGCAAGGAGCUAUUGUACCUACCUAACGUCCUGAAGUUGGACGUUGAUGUCAUACGGUCGCACCGAUGGGUGGGCAACAGUAUGCUAAGAGCCAUUGUCGCGAAUAACGAGGACGAGCUGGCACGCCGAAGUUCCAGACCGACUUUAUGCAGGCUGCAACACAUAUAUUUAACGGCCAGCAUGAUGGGUCGGUCUGUACGUAUCGACCAGGAGGGAAGUAAGGUUUGGGAGGAGGUGAAACAGUUGGCGAUGGUUCGCCGCCGCAUGUUCGACGCAGGACUGUGCCCUCAACUAUGUCUCGUCCUUGUUGGCAACUUCUGCGCAUGUCGUGGGCCUAUACAUGAAACCACAUACAUUCGCGAGGUCCAAGAUCUCAUUCCCAUCUCUUUCCAGCUCCCCCUUGAUGGCUGCCGCCGCUGCACACUAUCAACAUGA